AUGCGUAAUUCUUUUGCAGCUGCAGCAGCGCCACUUACAGGGUCCCGCCACCUUGAACACGACCCCAACUUGCGGGUUAUCCUCUCCGAAAAGAGUUGGGGCAUCUUUUUCUCUGCACUCUGCCUCGGUGUCGUCUGUCUCAGGGUUCUAGGAAAUUCUGUCUUUUGUCCCCGAGAAUUUCACUCCGUGCGAGUCGACGUCCGCUGCGGUGCCAAUGGCAUAGCCUCCCUAAAUAUUUUUGCCAACGGCAAGGUUAUGGGGACGGGAACGAAUACGGUGAUGGCCUUGCGAAUCGCCAUGCUCAAAGUCGUGCGGCGUCUAAGAGCCCACGGGGUUGUAACUCCUGAGACGCGCUUGCGGCAUUUCCGUGUUGGGAACUUGCUGGCUUCUUACGCUCUACCAUUUCCUCUGAAGCUGCAGCAACUUGCAGCGCUUGCCACUGCCAGCCAGGUGCAGUUCGACAUGGAUCCGGAGAGAUUUCCUGGAGCUCGGAUGAAGAUUCCUAUGGGGGGGCCAAAGGCCGCACAGGGUGACGCGGGGGAAGCGGAAGGGGCCUUUGGGGCUUGGACGCGCAGCAGCAGUCAAGGGGGAAGUUCUGGGUCAUACCCAGCGCGUAAGGCCGAGGUAGUAACGCUGCAUGCAUUUAGCAGCGGUAGGCUAACCAUCACAGGCGCGCGGUCUGCAGCUUCGCUACAGCAAGCGCUCGUGUCUGUGCUGCCGCUGCUGCUUCGCUGCCCUGGGCAGCAAGUUCAUCAUACCGCAGUCUGCGGAGCAGCCUGCAGACGUCUUUCUCGUGCGGAGAGCGAAUGUACCUGGACCCUCUGGGGCAUCCUGAAAACGGCACAAACCUGCAAGGGGCGCAGUACAGCGGCCUUUUUAUGCGCUCUUGCUCGGGGUUGUGCAGAGAAGUCUGCAUGCAUCUCUUCGAGCAUUUCUAUAGUUCCUCCGCGGCGCGUGCUGCUCACAAGGCAGCUUCUACAGUGGCCCGCCCCUUGUGGGGUCAAUCCGGUUGGAGAGGCGCCUUUAAUAUGGUUUUAA